AUGACGAUAUUAUCCGUUUCGCGUCGCCGGGCGGCGAUGGCCAACCCGUCGGGCGUAAUGCAUCGCCGUAACUCACUUCCGUCGGCCGAAGAUGAGGAGCGCGGCAGCAAAGCACCAUUAACUGUCGAUUGAGAUGGAUGCGGACGACAGGAUCGCCGACGAUAAUCUCGCGGAUCACGCGGAAUUGUCGGAAGCAUUCGUCGUCGAUGCCAUCGAGUCGCGGUACCGCCGCAACCUGGUGUACACUCUGGCGGGAUCUAUCCUCCUUGCUGUGAAUCCAUUCCGCGCCAUAGAGGGGCUCUAUGGGGAAGGCGUGUUGCGAGCGUACGAGUCGCCCAAUCCAGUGCCUCAUGUGUACGGCGUAGCCUCUGCUGCUUAUCGAGCGUUGCAACAACCAGCGCGCGCGUUGUCCAACCAGACAAUCCUCAUAAGCGGAGACAGUGGCAGCGGCAAGACUGAAUCUACAAAGCGCAUCUUGGACUACUUCAUGCAUGUCGGUCGAUCGUCGUCCCACAGUGCGACCAUCUCAUCGUCGGAUCACUUGACUCGCCAUAUCGUCGCUGCCAACCGCGUCCUCGAAGCGUUUGGAAAUGCGCACACGCUACGCAACGCCAACUCGAGCCGCUUUGGCAAGUUCAUUCAGCUCGAUUUCCGCCAUGGCCAUGCUCUUGUCAGCGCAUCGAUUCAAACAUAUCUCCUCGAGACUGUGCGAAUUGUGAGUAGGACGCCGGUGGAGCGCAACUACCACGUCUUUUACGAGCUGCUGCGUGGGGCAGCCAUGGCUGAUCUAUCCACGUGGCAGCUUCUGCCUUCACCAUCGUUUGCUUCCCAGGAUGACGGAGCCCGUCGCACAGCUGCCAUCGAUUCGUUCCGAUACCUCGGUCAUGGUCCGUCUACCACCGCGGACGCUUCAAUCUCGGUCCACCAUGACGACGCGGCUCUGUAUGUGGAUCUCGAAAAAGCCAUGAUGUCCCUCGGCCUCCCCUCGCACGACGUGUUUCGCAUCGUCGCAGCAGUCCUUCAUUUGGGUAACAUUUGCUUUGACCAGAUGGAAUGCCACUCGUCGGACGAUAUACCAUCGCAAGCCAUGGCCGAGGCCGCUGUGCUCCUGCACGUGCCGCUGCGAGACCUCCGCACCGCCUUGACGACCCGUACGCUUGUGGUUGCCAACGAAGUGCAGGUGCUUCCCCUGUCACCACAGGAUGCGGGCCAAGCGCGCGACGGCCUUGCCAAAGCGCUGUACGCGCGGCUCUUCGACUGGCUCGUUGACUGCAUAAACACUCGCCUGAGCAUUCCGUCCUCGCCGUCACCAUCAUCGCGUUCAUCAUCCCCCGCGUCAACCUCGUGGAUUGGGGUGCUCGACAUUUUUGGAUUCGAACACUUUGCAGUGAACUCGUUCGAGCAGCUCUGCAUCAACUACACCAACGAAGUUCUCCACCAGCAGUUUAUCGAGCACGUUUUCAAGAUGGAGCAGGCCGAGUAUGCCGCGGAAGGGCUGGACUGGAUGCCGUUGGCAUAUGAAGACAACGCAGACAGGGUCGAGCUCUUCAGCGCCAAGCACACGGGACUUUUUGCCCUCUUGGACGAAGAGAGCUUGCUUGCCCAAGGCUCGGACGCAGCGUUUGCGUCCAAGUUGAGCCGCGAGCGAGGCAACCAUCGCAGGUUUAAAGCUUCCCAUGGUCAGCAAAGCCAGCGAAAGUUCACCAUCGACCAUUUUGCAGGUCCCGUCGAGUACACCGCGACGGGAUUCCGGGAGAAGAACGUCGGGGUCCUGGCGCACGACGUGGUGGGGUUGCUACAGGGCUCGACAUCACGGGACUCUUUCGUGCGGCGGCUAUUUCAAUCCGACUCGGGAUCGAUUGUCCGUCAUCCCCACCGGACGUCGCUAGCGUUGCACAAGAAAACCAAACGCCACGAGAGCGUCGCCGGCCAGUUUCAAACGCAGCUGGGGGCACUCAUGAAGCGCCUCGACACGACUCAGUUGCACUACGUGCGGUGUCUCAAGCCCAACAGCACCGCCGACUCGAUGGCGUGGCACCGGCCUCUUCUUUUGGAGCAACUUCGAUGCCACGGGGUCGUCGAUGCGAUUCGUAUGGCCCGCCUCGGGUUUCCCAUCCGCAUGACGCACGACGCGUUCUGGUGUCGGUACAGAGCUGUGGUGGGCUGGUCGUUGCACGAAUCCGCGCGGCCGCACGACCUUGCCCGUGCAUUGGUUGAAAGAAAGUUCCCAAGCCAACAGAGUGGCGAACGGCGACCUGGCCUGAUGACCUCCGAGCACAUUCAAGUUGGUGUCACAAAAGUGUUUUUGCACGGUACAGCACACACCGUCCUUGAAUCUCACCGCGCCGCUGUCGAACGCGCCACGAAGCUCGUCCUUGCCCAUGCCCUUCGCGGCUUCGUGUGCCGUCGACGCUUCCUCUGUCUUCGACGGACAACGAUGUGGUGCCAACGACAAGUCCGUCGAACGCAAACAAUCCGACGUCAGCACGGCCACGCGACUAAGCUGCAGCGUGUUGUCAAGGUUUGGCUGACCACGCAGCGAUGCCGACAGCGCCUACUGCAAGAACAUGACGCAGCGACUACAAUCCAAACAUUCGUGCGGUUGGUGCUCUUGCGACAAAAGUAUUCCCGACGGCGGCAAUGUGCCGUCGUCUUGCAGCGAUGGUGGCAUCGAUGCUGCCAGCGCCGUCAUGACCUCGCUCCUCAACGAGUUCAGGAACGGAUGCAAGCCUUGCCUUCACCAUCUCGUCCCGCCUCGAUCGUCCGAUCUUCGUGGGCUGCGGACUCGGAAUUGUCGAAUGGUUCCCAUGUCAUGAACGACGUGAUUUGGCGAACGUCGUCGAUACCGCUCUUGCUAUCCCCCGAGGCGGAGACCUCCUGGCGUGGCAUCGUCCACCACGCGGACAGGUCCAUCCACCAUGUCACGGCGCCCCAUCCAGUGCCGCCAUCCCCCCGGAUUGCCCCCGUGCUGCCUCCCUUGACCUUUGUCGAUCCCGCGACGCUACCACCACUGACCGACUACUUUUCAUGUUGGGCAUGCACAAAACGCUUCAAAGCACUAUACCGUCGGCGCUAUUGCUGUAUGUCGUGUCGCCAUGUCGUGUGCGGACGAUGCUCGAAUGUGGUAGGCACGAUAGCUGGCAAGACGGCGCGAGUGUGCCUCGUCUGCGCAGCGCUUCAUCAAGGCACGACUGAAACGAGCCCUGUACCACGAGGGCAUGCCGUGAUGCAUCCUGCAGUGUGGCACCAGCCGUGGCCCGAGCCCCCGAUACCAUCGACAGAAACGAGUCGCCUCGCUGCCGUCGCACAGCUCGACCUCGACAACCUUCAACAUGACGUGAUGAUCCAGCACAUCUGCACCAUGGUGUACCACACAUGGCCAGGCGCGGUCGCGUUCGUGGGCAUCAUGGACCAAACCAAACAGAUCAUGCUGACCUCGGUAGGUUGCAGUAUGUUUCCCAAGCAACUCACACGGGAUGUCGCGCUCUGUGCUCACACUGUUUGCGAGACAAGACCGCUCGUGGUGAUGGAUGCUACCAAGGACCCAAGGUUCAUGUAUAACCCUCUCGUGAAGGGCGGGCGACGCACCAAGAAGUUCACCUUCUACAUGGGGGCGCAACUUGUGGACGAGGAAUCGCGGCACGUGCUCGGCACGAUCGCAGUCCUUCACACCAUCCCAAGGAAGAUGCCGGUGCAACAGUGCGAGCUUCAAGUUCUCGAGAACUUCGCUGGCGUGGUGAGCCAUCAGCUCACAAGGAGCAAGACCGCGCGGGAGUCGUCCUUCGUCUAGCCACGUUGGCGUCGUUGAAGUGAAUCCAUGUGCAUCCAAUUGCAACCCGUCCAUGGUACAAUUUGAUUGGUUUGAUUUUGACGAAUCAAAGCAAUUACAACAAA